UAACAGGAACCGGAAGCGGUUGUACGUGUCGAUGCUAAUGCUAAUGUGCUAUUCCUGCUCACUUCCAAGAUAAAAAAACCGGAAUGACUGAAAGUAUUGUUUCUUCGAAGAUAACUUGUCACCGUGAACGUAUACUUUCCGUUAGACCGCCUUGGGGCGGUUGGGUUUGUUAUAAAUAGUUUGCCGUUUACGUCGCUAACGCAGUUAGCAUUUUAGCAUUGGCCCUCGCUGGAGCGAACAAGUUAGCUGAAGGAAAAGUUUCCGAGAGAUUUGUUAAAGAUGUCCAACGUUCAAAAUCUGAGAUCUUUAGUGAACCAGAGACUGAAUGCUGCUGUUGAAGAGGUUUUUGAGCUGAUUGAAAGAACGAUAGCAGACUACGAAGAGCAACUGAGAGCAUCUAAAGAGGAAAACCAUCGACAUCAACAACAACUAUUGGAUGCUAUUCAGCUAAAAAAAGAAGACGUCCAGCAGCCGAUGGUGGAAAAUGAAGAGGUUCCACCUGAGAGGCAGAACUGGAGCCUUCGUGUGAAACAGGAGUUCAGCGAGCCUAUGCACAUCAAAGAGGAACCUGAAGAACCCUGGUGCAGUCAGGACCCUCAAGGAGCAAAGGAGGCUUUUCCCGACGCAUUCAAAUUGGCUCGUGUCCGUGUAAAAAGUGAAGAAGAUGAUAAGAUGGAGGCUCAGUCCUCACAGAUUCCUGAAAACCAAAGUGAAGAGAACAAAGACACAGAGCAUUUGAAGACAGAUUCUCAUGAAGAGGACUUUGGAGGAUCUGAACUUGUUAGAGAUGUUCAUGCUGAGACUCAUUUACACUCAGAUGCUUCUGACAAGACUUCACACAGUUCUGAUUCUGAUACUGAUGACAGUGACAAUUGGAAGGACAGUGGUAAAUCCUACUUAGGUCCUAGGUCUUACCGACGUUUAGACUCUCUAGAGAGGAAAGAAAUAGCUGCAGGUGAAGGGAAUUCAAACACUGGAACCACAUCAGCCAGCUUGUCUGCAGAGAACCAAGAGAAGCAGCAGGGACCACCAUUCAAGUGCAAAGUUUGUGGUAAUAACUUCCCAAAAAAAGUCAAUUUCCAACAACAUAUGUUGCGUCAUACGAAAGAAAAAAGCUUCGCCUGCCCAGUCUGUAAAAAAGGUUUUAUCUGGAAAGCAGAGAGGGAAAGGCACAUGAAAACUCACACAGGAGAGAAACCAUUCUGCUGUCAGGUUUGUAGUCAAAGUUUUGCUCGCCUUAACUAUUUAAGGAAGCAUGCUCUUAUCCACUCAGGGGAGAAACCGUAUAGCUGCGAUGAUUGUGGUAAAAAAUUCACUUGGCAGCAGGGUUUAAGCAAACACAAGUGUGUUAAGAAGAGAAAGAAGAGGAGUAGCAAAAAAUAAUGAAGAGUUAAAAAAAAAAACUUACAAUAUUGAUUGUCGGUUUUAUUGUUUGCAGUCAUAGUUUAAACUUCCAUGAAAUUACCUCCUAUUUGUCACAAAUUAUAUUUUAAUCUGACAUAACGGUUGAUAGCCUGUAUCUUGGAAGCUAGUGUUGUUGGGUACAAGAGCCCAAAAACUCUUGUAGUCUCCAUUACCUUAGUAUGUUUUCAUAGACAGUGCAAAUGUUCUGAGCACUGAUUCAGCAUUAAUGCUUGUGCUGAACUCUCCAGGUUUGUCUAACCGAAUAGGCCCACCCAGAUUACAGCAUCAACAACUGCUUUACAAUUCAAUUAAAAAAAAAAUGAUACUGCUCCCAGGAGGUCCAAAAUUUGGCUGAUGUGGUUAAUGUCAGCACCGUAGGCCUUCAGUCCUCCUUGUGGGUUAGCAUCCACACCCCAGAGCUGAAUGUCAUCACUUCAUGCUUUGGUUAAAUGUGAGUAUAACCUGGCCAUCUUUUAGUUCAACUUUAUUCUCAUGUUGUAGAUCAUAGUUAUUAAAAAACAUGCUGUUCCUGUGAGAUGCAGAUAGGUUUGGAUUUUUUACCCUUGAUAAAUAAAAGCAUCAUUUAGAAAAUAUAUUUUGUAUUUACUUGUCUUUGGGUUUGAAGAUCUGAAACAGCAACUUUUAAUUAAUUAACUACAUCAACCUGAUUUGCACGUAUUCAAUAGGAAUUAUGUUCUGGGGAUGUUAACUCUCUAAAGCAGUGGUUCUCAACCUUGGGGUCGGGGGUCGCAAAAAAAACAAAAGAAAAACUAAGCGAAUGUUUGAAUCACUCUUUUACUCUGCCCUUUCCAUCAUUUUCCCUCACUAAUUUUAACACAUUUUUGCCAUUUAACACCUAUUUUUGUCCAUUUUAAAAUCUUUCCACCACUUUUUUUCUGCCUGUUUUUGCCACUUCUAAACAAAUUCUUGACACUUAAGCCAAAUGUUGUCUCUGUCGACCCAUUAGUGCCACUAUUAACCAAUGUUUACAACCUUUUACCCCAAAAUUUCUCAUUUUAACCACAUUCACCUAUCUGAUUUACUAUUUUUCUCUAAUUAUUCUCUCUUCUAACCAAUUUCUGCCACUAUCUACCAAUUUUUCAUCCCAUUUCACCAAAUUUCCACCCAUUUUGCCAAUUUUUAAGCCAUUUCAGCCACUUUCUAACUCCCUUUCACCACUGUUUA